AUGAGACUUAAAAUUUGCAAUUUUCUGUUUAAAAAUAUAGAAUUCAAUGAUAUAAGAUGGAUAAAACAAAAUCAAUGUAAAAUAGAUGAAAUUUUAACAAUAUAAAAACAAAGAAUUUAAGAUGAUAUAUAAAAGAAUAAAAAAACAAACUUACGAGGAGGAGGAACAUCUGAGACAAAAUGUAAUUAUUAAUAAUAAUAAAUAGUUGAAGAAUAAGUUAAUGAUUAAUAAUAAUAAAUAGUUGAAGAAUAAGUUAUUACCAGAGAAUUAGAUAUUUUCUAAUAUAUAUAAUUUUAUUCAUAGCUGAUAUUAAGGAUAUCAGAAAAAAAGAUAGAUGAAGUGGAGAUAAAAUAAGUAGAUAAAGUUUUAUAAUUGUUUCAUUAGAAUGAAGCUAAUCUUUAUAACUUAUCAAAUCAGAAAGAGCUAAAUUAAAGAUAAAUUUUGAUCAUUUAGAAGGCCAUUGAGUCUAUUUGCUUUUUAUUGAGGAGAAUAAAAAAACCAAAACGACUUCUAUCUUAUAAUUUACUUUAAUGUAUUCAAUAAUUAUUUAUGAUUCUCUAUUCACAAUUAAGAUUACACAAUUCAAUAAAAUUCAAUACAAAGUAUUUCCAAUAAUUUAAGGAAGAUUAAAAAGAUUAAGCAUAUAGUAAAUAAAAGGAUUUACAUGAAAUCUAUGAUUACUAAUACAGUCUUAUAUAAAUUUUAGUUAAGUAUUUAGAAGAACUCGAUGUAAAAAAUUAAAAACAAGAAUAAUUAAUUUUUUAAUAUAAAAAAUUUUAAGAAUAAAAUGACAUGAUCUUUAGAUUGAUAGAAAAUGCAAAAGGUUGUUUUGAUGAUAGCGUGAAUUAAAGUAAAAUUCAUUAAUAUGAUAUUUAUUAUUUUUUUUAAUCAUUAAAGUUAGUAAUAAUAAGAAUUAUCAAAUUUAAUUAGGAUGUAUAAAUUGAUUAAAUUAUCAAUUAAUUAUGGAAUGGAUAUUAAUUUUCGAUUGAAAAAAAUAAGAAAAUGAUAGUGCAUUUACAUUUUCUUGAGAUGCUUUUUAAUUUAAUAACAUAUGAUUAAGGCUAAUAAGAUUAAUUUAUUGAUUAGACUAGAGUAUAUUGUAAUGAAUUAUAAUUCAAACUUUUAUAAUUAAAUAUUUGGGAACAUUAUAUUAAGAUCUAGUAAGAUAAGCUGAUUAAACAAUUUAUAAAGUUUAGUUUUAUUAAAAUAAUUAACACUACAGAUAAUGAAAAAUUAUAAUUAGUAACUUAAGUUUAUAUUGAUCUUAUAGAAAAAGAAGAUAACAAUCAAUUUUUCUUAAAAAAAAAAAGACUUUUAAAUUGUAUAAGCGAAUUUUAAGAAUUUAAUUAAUGAAAAAGAUUGCCAGAAGAAUUUAAAUAAAUUAUAUACAGAAAGGCUUAUGGAGCAUAAAGAAGAAAUGUUAUAGAAUUAUAAAUUUUAGUAAUAAAAUGAUGAGCAAUAAUAAUAUUUUAAUCAAAUCAAUAUUCCUUUGAAAGUCAAGAAAAAUGAUAAUAUAGAAAAUGAUUUAUUUGAUGAAUUUGAUUUUAAUUGUAAUGAUCAAAUUCAAUAGAAGGCUGAAAUUAAUAAUUUUUUAUGGAACACCACUAAUAUAAAUGAAGUUCUAUUAAUAAAAGGAUUAGCAGGAUCAGGGAAAAGUAUAAUUUUAAAAAGACUUUAAUUUUUUUUAUGAAAUUUGUAUGAUUCAAAAUCUAAAUUAAAAAAAUGGAUUCCUUUAUAUGUAUAAUUGAACCGUAUUAAAAAGCCUGGCGACAAUAUUUGGAAAAAAAUCUUAAAAUUGGCUGAAUUUUCAUUUGAUAAAUAUGAAAGGAAAUCAUUUUAUUAAGAUGUUAUUAAAGGCUAAGAAAACUUAGUACUAUUAUUUGAUGGUUAUGAUGAAUUGAAGUAAAAAUAUAUAGAUUAGAAAUUAAAUAUAAUAUCAUCUAAUGAACUUUUCAGGCCUUAACUAGGCAAAAAUGUCAAAGUAAUCUAUACAUCAAGAAUAGAAACACUAAAUUAUGAAGAAUAUACUUAAUAAUUUUUAGGAAAUAAAGAAAAAACUUUUACUUAAGUUGAAAUAAAAUUUUUUGAAGAACCAUAAAUAAAUUAAUAUCUUGAAUAAUAUUAUAUUUAAGGUAUUAGAUAAAAAUUGUAUUGUAACUCUGAUAAGUUUAUACAAAAUUCUUAAAAGUAAAAUUCUAUAAUUUCUAUUAAUAAUUUCAAGGAAAUUUGGGAGAUUUUUUUGUUAGAAGAUAUUUAAAAACUUCUAAGGUAUCCAGAAUAAAAUAAAACUAAAUAGAUUAUUUCUGAUGAGCUCUUAUCAAAUUUGUUUUAUAAGUUGUAAACGAUAUUAGAUUGUGAAGAUAAAUCAUUUAAAGAUGAAUAAGAAGAAUUUAGGGAUGAUUUUAAAAAAAUUUAGAGUCAAAGUUAGAUAAUGAAGUAAAUAACAAAUAAUUAAAUUAAAGAUUUGAUUAAAACCCCUUAAAGUUUUAAAAUCAUUUUAUCUGUCUUAUUAGGUAUAGAUAAAUUGCCUAUUAACAAAAAAACUCGAUUUCGUUUAAGACUAUAAAAAUUAAAAACUUGA